CAAAAAGAUGAGAUAUUUUAUACAUUUUCUCGUAAUUCUUGGACUUUUGGUCAUAACUAUAAGUGGUCAACCCUGUAGACGAGAAGGCUUUUCUUGCGUUGCCACUCGAGAAUGCUGUGCUUCUCUUCAAUGCAGCAUCCAAGAUCGCAAAUGCUUAGGACGAUUUACGUGUCGACAAUUGGGACAAUAUUGUACUAGCGAUGUAAAUUGCUGUAGUGGUCUUCGUUGUCAUCAACUAAGGCAAAGAUGUGUUAGAGCCGAUGAAAUUUGUCAAAAAUUGGGACAAACUUGUGAUCCUUUUAAUCGAUGCUGUUUUGCUAUGAGAUGCAGUUUGGGCCGAUGUGUAUAUUAAUUUAAUGGAUGUAUCAUAAUAAAAAAAAUUGUAAUUUUGAAAAUUACAAAUCUGCGUUACAAACUUUUUAAAUAAAUUAAUACGCUAAAAAUUUA